AUGAUGAAAGAGGAACAACAACAACAACAACAGAAGCCUGUCGUAGUAGAUCAUGUCGACUCGUCAGUGACAGCUGCGACAGAAGCAACCUCCUCUUCCACAGCAUCCAUAGACGACGACAGCAGCCAUGGUCAUUUUGGAAGCACAACACCGCUUCUGCCCUACACGGUCUCGCUGCCACUGCUGGUCGCAUUGGACAUGAUUGGAGUCUCGUUGGUGGUCCCCUUGUUGCACAGUCAGUACUUUCAACUGGCCGGUGUCACCAGUGCCGUCCAGCGCGAAUGGUUGUCGUCCAUCUUUAGUACCUCCCAAAUUGUCGGUGGGUUAGUGUUGGGCACGUUAAGCGAUUCGCAGCUGCUAUCGAGACGCGCUAUUUUAUGGCUUAGUUUUGGAGGAUCCGCCAUGGCAUACGGGAUGAUUGCCCAACAAGGAUUGGCCGCCAUUUUACUAAGUCGCAUUAUCGUUGGACUCGUCAAACAAACCAUGACCAUCACCAGUGCCAUCAUGGUCUCGGUCACAUCCGAGGAGGAACGAGCGACGAAUGUAGGAAGACUGAAUGCCAGUUUAACAACGGCUUGGAUCAUUGGACCCUCUGCUGGCGCAUACCUCUUUCACAAUGUCGGAACAUAUGCUCCCAUUUACGUAUCCUGCUCCAUUUUCAUACUCAAUAUUCUCAUUGUCUUGUUCUGCAUACCAAAAGAACAACAACAAAACUCAGCAGACAACAAUACCAAGGAAACAGCAACAACCACAAAAGACAACAAUGCUACAGAACAACAACAAUCUACCGUACUACAGCGUAUCCUUUCCAAUUUCAAAGCCUGCUUUCAGUCCAACAAUGCCUGUCUGGCUUCCGUCGUUUCGGCGAUACUCAUCUUUCGAUGGGUCCUCAGGGCCACUUCCUACAAGAACAUUGCCACCUAUUACGAAACACGCUACCAAAUGGAACCCUAUCAACGUGGAUAUCUACAAUCGUAUCAGUCCGUGCUCACAUUGGUCGUAGAGUCCCUACUCAUUCAACCCAUUCUACAACUCCUCGGAGGAGAAGUCCAGGCAUCCUGUACCGCAGCUUUGAUCAUGGCACUGGUGACAUUUGCCGAAGCCUCCCAUGACAUUGUCCAUUUGCAACACUAUCUCUUCCUCAUUUGUCCCAUCAUGGCCACGGCCAUGGCCAUUUUGGGAGUCAGUUUGAAAUCGGUUCUCUCCAAAGUGGCACCGCAACAUUCGCUGGGGUCGGUCUUUGCCACGCUGGACGUACUCUCCAAUGCCGUACAAGUUACCGUGCCGUUUUAUCGGACGUGGCUCUUUUCCAUGACAACGCAUCCUACAAAUAGUGGAGGAGACCCCGACCCCUACCAGUGGCAAUUGGUCUCGGGCGUGCAUUGGAUGGUGGCCACGCUUGCAUUGGCGUACUUGUUGUGGCAAGGGAAUCCGUGUGGUGAUGCCGCCACUCGUCCGAAGAAGCAACCACCACAAAAGGUCAAGACCAGUUAG